AUGGAGCAAUACAGCCUUGGAGACGAGGGCCCCGUUCCACCCGAGAUGCACCUCCCUUCCUUCUCAGAGAGCCAGGGCCUCAACUGCAGUGACACCCUCAACCGGGACCUGGGCCCCAACACCCGAGACCUACUCUACGCCGGCCUGAGUGGUCUAGGCCUGGACCCCAGUCUGCCGGCCCCUGACAUGCCCAGUGAGGUGCUUGAGGACAACUUAGAUACCCUGUCCGUGUACUCAGGGAAGGACAAUGGUUCUGUGAAGCUGUUGGGGGAGUAUGCAGACCCAGAAUCUCAGACUUCCUUACAAGACCUAGGACUAGGCACACUUAAGGUGCCUAAAGAGACUGAUGAAGGAGGAGGCAGGGCCAGCUCUGGGAGUACCAGGAGAGGCAAGCGGCAGCACAGCUCCCCUCAGAGCCCACUCCUGGACUGCAGCCUCUGUGGGAAAGUGUUCAGCAGCGCCAGUUCACUUAGCAAGCACUACCUGACGCACAGCCAGGAGCGGAAACACAUUUGCAAAAUCUGCAGCAAGGCCUUUAAGCGCCAGGACCACCUGACAGGGCACAUGCUUACUCACCAGAAGACCAAGCCCUUCGUGUGCAUAGAACAAGGUUGCAGUAAGAGCUACUGUGACUACCGCUCGCUGCGCCGCCACUAUGAGGUGCAGCAUGGUCUCUGCAUCCUGAAGGAGGCCCCCCUGGAAGAGGAGCCCUGUGGGGACUCCCCCCAUGGCCAUGAGGCACCUACAGGUGGCCUACGGGCCCUGGUGCCCCCAGAAGCCAGGUCCCCUAGCUCGCUGCUGCCCAACCGGGACCUCCUGCGCUGCCUUGUGAGCAGCAUCGUGCACCAGAAGGUGCCAACCACCAGCCCAGUCCCAGGGGCGCUCUCAGACCCUGAGGCCAGGGGGGCCGCUGGCCCCUGCCCAGCCUCCUCCGGGUCAUCUGCUUCGUCUGCCUGCAUCCCGGUAGGCCCUGGUGUGGAGGGUCCCGAGGAACCUCGCCCCCCACGCAAAGAACUCAUUGGCAUGGACAGCUUCACAGGCUUCCACCAGAGGGUAGGGGAGAAUGGGGUCCCUGAGGCCCCUGAACCAGAGCUUCCUGUUCUCCAGCUCCCUGCCACUGUGGAGGGCUGGCCUGAUGCAGGGACCCUAUCUGCCCGCCUGCCUCUGUUCCGCAGUCAGACUGGCCCCACUAGCUCCCAGCCACCUGGCCCUAACUUCCAGUGGCUCCGGAACCUGCCCGGUGGCCCCAAGAACAAAGGAAACAGCAUGUUCAUGGUACACAAGCCCCCCACAGCACCUGCCCGGGAGGGCUCCGAAUCAGGUCCAGGGCCCUGUGGUACCUCCCCUGGCCUGGAGGCAUUGGCUUGUUCAGGCACGGGGCUGGAGGAUAGGACGCCCUGUCCUGCUCAGAAUGAUACCAGGGGCACCAGCGGGGAAGAAAACGCCUGGGCCUCUAAGAAGAGCAAACUGGAGGGGGCCAGCGAGUCCAUGUCUUGGCAGAGUCCUGGGGAUCCCAGCCCCCAGGACGCCCAGAAAGCCAGUGGACUCCCAGCAGAGGUCACACCGCUCUUCCGGCAGCUAUUCCUGAAGUCACAGGAGUCUGUGGUGAGCCAUGAGCAGAUGCAAGUGUUCCAGAUGAUCACCAAGUCACAGCGCAUCUUCUCCCAUGCCCCAGUAGCUGCCCCUGCCACCCAGCUCCCUGGGCCGGAGACCAAGUCAGCUGCCCUGAAGCCACUAUCCGGGCCAUGGCCACAGCAGUCCGCUGUGGACUCGCUCCACGCUGGCCCUGGGAACCCUGAGCCAGAGGGGUCCCCUGCCCGCAGGAGGAAGACUAUGGCUGCCUUUCCCCGGGAAGCCGCCUCCCCUGUUGGUGCUGGUAACACGCGGCGGGAGGCCAAGGGAGGGCCAAAGGUGACCACCGUCCAGCCGACCCUAGUGUCCUCAGCUCUGGACCCUUCUGCCAACCCAGACGUCUCCUCUCUUGCCAAGCAGCUACGAUCUGCGAAAGGGGCCUUGGACCUGGGGGACAUCGUCUCCCCCUCAUGCCCACGGCAAAGUCAGCCUAUGGGUGACGAGGCAUCUGGCUCCCAGCUCCCUGGGAAGCAGGUCCAGGCCGAGAAUGGUACAACCUCAGGGGUCACCAGAGGUGACAAGGGCCCAGCCUGCUCCCGGGGUACAGGCUAUAGGCUUUUCUCCAGCCACCCCAGGGGCCAACGCUUCUCGGGCUUCCGUAAGGAGAAGGUGAAAAUGGACAUGUGCUGUACAGCAUCACCCAGCCAGGUGGCCAUGGCCUCCUUCUCGUCAUCUGGGCCCCCGGCAGACCCCCCACAGGACGCCAAGUCCAAGCUGACCAUAUUCAACAGAAUCCAGGGCGGGAACAUCUACAGGCUCCCUCACCCCGUGAAGGAGGAAAGCAUGGCGGGUGGGUGUAACCAGCAAAACGGCGGUCCUGCUGACUGGACAGAGCCCAGGAACACUUACGUCUGCAAGAACUGCAGCCAGAUGUUCUAUACAGAGAAGGGCCUGAGCAGCCACAUGUGUUUUCGCAGUGACCAGUGGCCAUCACCACGUGGCAAACAGGAGCAGCAGGCGUUUGGUGCCUCAGAAUUUUGCAAGCCACCAAGACAGAUGCUGAGGACACAUGGGGAUGGGCAGAGCCCCCCUGGAGCCAAGAAACCCAUGGACAGCACGGCAGCAGCCCCCUUGAUGGUGCCAGUGUCGGUACCUGUGAUCCCUGGGACUCAGCCCCCAGUGGAUGCUGCCAAGGGCCAAGAGAAAGACAGUGAGGAGAGCAAGGAGAGCAGCCAGUACAGAAAGCAGAAGAAGCGCCCCCAGCCCAAGGCACUGGUCCUCCCUGCUCCACCCUCAGCGUUUGCCGAGCAGGUCCCGGGAGGCCACCACCCAAGCUGCCUUCGGUCCCCAGUGUUCCUGGUGGACCAGCUCCUGAAGGGCUUGUUCCAGUGCCCCCCCUACACACCGCCUCCCAUGCUCAGCCCCAUCCGGGAAGGUUCGGGACUGUACUUCAACACCCUGUGUUCCACAGCCUCACAGGCUGGGCCCCACAGACUCUUCAACACUGUGUUUGAUCCAGCGGAUGGCUCUUUGGGCAUCUGUGUGGUGAAGGAUGACACCAAGAUCAGCAUUGAACCACACAUCAACAUAGGAAGCAGAUUUCAGGCUGAGAUCCCGGACCUCCAGGAGAGGUCUCUGGCCAAUACCGAUGAACGCAUAGCUGCUCUGGUCUGGAAGCCGUGGGGAGAUGUGAUGACCAACCCGGAAACACAGGACCGAGUGACAGAGCUCUGCAACGUGGCUUGCUCCAGCGUGAUGCCAGGAGGCGGUACCAACCUGGAACUGGCACUGCACUGUCUGCAUGAAGCCCAGGGCAAUGUCCAGCUUGCCCUGGAGACACUCCUGCUCAGAGGCCCCCAGAAGUCCCGGACGCAUCCACUAGCUGACUACCGUUACACAGGUUCAGACAUCUGGACCCCCAUGGAGAAGAGACUCUUUAAGAAGGCAUUCUGUGCCCACAAGAAGGACUUUUACAUGAUACACAAGACGAUCCAGACAAAGACAGUCACCCAGUGUGUUGAGUAUUAUUACAUCUGGAAAAAGAUGAUCAAGUUUGACUGUGGCCGAGCCCCAGGGCUUGAGAAGAGGGUCAAGAGGGAGCCAGAGGAGGUAGACAGGACAGAAGAGAAGGUCACUUGCAGCCCUCGGGAGCGACCCAGCCACCGUCCGACUCCUGAGUUAAAGAUAAAGACCAAGAGUUAUAGGAGGGAGUCCAUCCUCCACUCCAGCCCCAACACAGGCCCCAAGAGGACUCCUGAACCGCCAGGGAGUGUGGAGAGCCAGGGUGCCUUCCCAUGCAGAGAGUGUGAGAGGGUAUUCGAUAAGAUCAAGAGUCGGAAUGCCCACAUGAAGCGACACCGGCUCCAGGACCACGUGGAGCCUAUAGUCAGGGUGAAGUGGCCGGUGAAGCCCUUCCAGCUAAAGGAGGACGAAGAGGAGGAAGAGGAGAUGGGGGCUGACAUUGGCCCCCUGCAGUGGUGA